CCCCCGUUUCUUGAAGAUCACUGAUUUGGUGGCACACCAGUGUCUACAAGCUCUCAAAUCAGGAUGGUUCAAACGAAGUUAACUAUGUAACUAAUGGUUUCGCAACAUUCGUAAUUAAAAUUUGUAGAUAUAUGUUUAUAUGAUUUUAUGACUGAAUUUAAUAGCAAAUAUCUCGUACCCUAUACAUUAAACAUGUUGAAUAUAUCAGGUAACAAGGUAACUUGCAUUGAUAGUGUUAUUACAGCUCUAUAAUGUAUAAAAUGCAUCAAACCAUAUCACUUUCACCAAACCAGAAAGAAAAUGCCACUGUACAUGUUAUACCCUACCCCUAAGUAUUCUAUGAAAACAAUGAUCAUGAACGGGAAAAUAUACGUUUAGUUCAAUCACAUAUUUCUCCCCUACAUUAAAUAUAUAUAAUUAGAUAGUACAUCUUUGUAUCUAGUACACAUACAAGUGAUUCGCUAAAACUUACAUACUGUUAACCUUAGCUAAUAAGUUAUGAACACUGUGCAUGUCCGUUUGAUGAAACCGACAUCAGGUAUCAGGUUACAUAUCAAAGAACAUUUAUCAAUUGACCUUAUGUUAUAAUCCGGUUAGAAUCUACUAACAUCCACUUUCAUUUCAAUUGCAUUAGGACGUGACAUUGUGUAGAAUUUGAUUAUUUCACAUUUAGACAUAUUUGGAUGAAGUGAAACAAAGAUUAGAUACAUUUAAAAAGAGAACAAGUGUACUCCUUUUAUUCAACAUAUACUACAUAUUAAUAAAAAUAAUUUUUGUGAAGAUCCUACGAAAGCAUAUAAUGCAGCUAAAUAAAUUUGGUUUCAUUGAAAAAGAAAUAUUAUGCAUGAUUUAGUUUAACGACUUUGUCAGAAUUUAUUUCCCUUUAAGUGUUAUUGUUCGAUAAUACUUAUUAUACUAAACCAAUGUGGUCAAUGAGGACAUUGGGGGAUUUUAUUGUGUUUUUUCGCUGUAACAGCUGUUUUGUAUGUAACUGGGCGGUAUGAUUUACUAAAUGCUUUUCAAAGUAGUUUAACCGUGAGAUUUGAGAUAACAUGGGUCACAAACGUACUAUCAUUUACUUCUGAUAUGAUUCAAUAAUUGCAAGCAUAAAAUAUUACAUUAUUCAAUAUUACAAUUAUAUCUGUUUAUUCAUAAUUUAUAGACGUAUUGGGGUGUAACAUUUUCAAUAAAGUGAAUAGCGAUUUAUAUUUGACAAUUGUCUUUCACCACCAUUUUUGUAUUUCAAAACUUUUCAGAUCAGUUAUUACCAUUUGGUGCUUGUGUUAAUUACCGAUAAUGCGAUCAUAUUUCAUAACAUAAUUGCAUGAAGUCAAAUAAGCAAAAUCUCUAGACAAAGUCCUUUUUUUGAAAGAAGUGUAGUUUGGAAGAUUAAUGUGCGAUUUGUACAAUAAUAUAAACAUACAUUAAUUAAAACUAAAUAUAAUUAUUUUGGAUCUUCUACAAUUCGCCAUAUGUUCCAGCUGAAUUUAUCAAGUAAUAUAAAAUAAACAUGUAUUGUCUAGAUUUCUUUUUCAAAAAGCAACUAUGCAUUUCAAGUCCUAUGCAGUUAUUGAUGUAAGAAAAUAAACGCUUUAAGCAACUUGAAGUGCUAUUGUAAAUUUUCACGACAAGAACUAUGGGAGGUCUUGUUUGCCUGGAAAGGAAACCGACUUCUAUAAACAAAUCGAAAACGUAUGGAUCUCGUUGUAAAUCUAAAUCAGAUCGGUCAACGUUAAAGACACCAACAUAUGACGAAGUUCCUGGGAUAUGUAGUACAGACAAAUCUGUAACCAAUAACGAUGUAACUCUGUAUGAAACAAUAAGGUGUGUAACAAGUAAGAACAACAGUAAUACCAAAAUAAGUGCAUGUAGUUCCACUUCUGAUGAUAAGUCAUACGCGAAGGUGUUAAGUGUGAAGGGAAAUUUGUCAACGGAUGAUAGUAAGACUUAUGAAACUGUCAGAAGUGUUCAUUUGACAGACAGUCAAUCUGUUUCAAGUGGUACGAAAGGUGAUACUCAAUAUACCUCAAUGGAUCAAGUUAUCCUGGCUACAGCUGAUGUAUGCAACACUGAGCAAUGUACAGAACAAGAUUGUGAUCGCUUAAGUGAUAUGUGUGCAUUGUGUGCUAGUAACAGCGUCGCAGAACAAGCAACACAUAUCUGUCUAACUUGCAGCAAAUUUGGGAGAUAUUUCUGCUAUAAAUGUCUUCAUUUACACAACAAAUUUAAUUACGACCAUGAUGUAAAAUCCCUGUCAGCUCCGAUGUAUGACAACAGAUUUUCAGACAUCCAAGCUAACACAAAACAAUUAAAUAAACGCCCAAACAGCUCUGUCUUAAGUAAUACAUCAAGAGCAGAAAUCCGAUCACAGAAUACACUUCUUUUACAAUCAGAGAUAGCACAACACUGUCAUUACGAAAUGGCGAAUUUUUCAACUGAAGAAACAAAUAGAAACUACAAAACAGCUAACUGGAUCAAUGAGGCGACCAGCUGGAAUUCUGAUAGACCCUCUGUGCAAGAUAAAGAACGAAAGUUUACCUAUGGACCUCACUGGAACCCAAAAGUGCACAAUUGCUGUAACGAGGUUCAGAAUAAACAAUACCAACUAAUGAAUGGAGAAGACACUGCAAUGAGCCGAUUCCAAGAGCAAGCAAAAGAUACUAACUCCAAUUAUGUUUGGCAAUGUGAAUUACCAACUCAGCAUUACGGGGUUGUCGGAAAAAUAAAUAAACAACUUACUCGUACUCGGAAGUACGCAGAACAUUGCUUAAAAAAUGAAGAGCGUGUUAAGAACGAAGAAAAUGAAAGACAUAACAUGGCGACGGAUUAUGCCGAAAACGUGACCAACGAAGCAAUGAGGCAUGAACGGCAUUCACCAAAAUUGCAACAUUCAUAUCAGCUGAAAAGAAAUGGAGAUUUGUUCUCGUUACAUACAAUAUCGAAUCGACGACACGAAUCAGUGAACAGGUCUAUUAAAAUAUCAAAACAGUUUUUAGAACUGUACAAUAAGGAAUGGGCAGAUGGUUUCAAUGCCCUUGUUCACGCAGUCAAAGGAAAUAAAACUGAACAGCAAGCUUGUGAGCUUCUCCUACGAGUAUUAACUACUAUAUAUUUGAUGUGCAAGGAAAAGGUUCAGAACAAUCCCAAAUCAAAUACGUCGAUAUCCUCUAAGGAUAAGGUAAGAUCUUUAUACAUAAACAUUUUGUAUUUCAAUGCUGCCUUCAAAAUAUCUAUUUUGUAUUAGAAAGCAAACAUGUUUGUCACUACCCGUUUACUAUGGUCUUUAAAAUGUUAUUCUACUACAAGCCAUCAGUUUCUAAAAUAUCAGAACAGAACAGGGUUAGACUGCAUGCAGUGAGUUGUUCCAUUUCACGUGCAGUCAUGUCAUGUAGCAUUAUACAUGUACUUUUACAUAGCAAGUACGUUUUCUCUUGGUUUACAGUUGGAAUAAAUGUGUAUAAUUAUAUAGACUUUUGAAUGAAAACAUUUAUGCAUAUAUGUUUCAUGUAUUAAAAUGUUCAAAUAAGGUACCACAUUAUAUGUUGUCUUUGUGUCAUUAGUGUUGAUUAAAAUGUGUUUAAUGUUCACUUUAGAUUGAUGAAAUUGCUACAACUUCGCAAGAUGACAGGAGGAAGCAACCUACUUAUCUAAUGAAAGAAAUAACAAGGGAGGUCAUGCAUUCUUUUCAAGAAUCCCUACCGAAAGAAGAACGGUUACUUAUUACUCAAUUUAUCAUCAGAUGUGCAGGAGUAUGUUUUCUAAUGGUAAACCAAGAACCGCAAUUCUGUAUCGAUACGAACAUAAAUCGUCAUGGAGAACAUUUCGAUGCAAGCCGAUACAAAGCUUACCGGGCACAGGGAAACUCUAUUGACUACAUAGUUUGGCCUGUCUUGUAUUUGGAAGAUAAUGACACAAUUGUUAACAAAGGAAUUGUACAAGUAAUGAAGCAAGACAGCUGUAUUUAGAUUACAAAACGCUACGAAUUGACAGAUAUAUGUGUGAAAGUGUAACUCUAUUAUUUCAGGUAUAAUCAUUGUUACAGUAUAUAUGUUAGAUUUAUUACAGUUGUGUUAUCAUACAACCACCUAAAGACAGCAGUUAUGGGUCAUUGUACAACAGGAAUAUAAUGUCGCUACAUAUGUAUGCAUUUACAACAAACUACAUUGUAUCACAUCAUCUAUCACAACUGGUAUUAGAUGUGUGCAACUUGCUUAAUCGUGUCCUUAUGGACAUACGCUGCAUUCCCUGUAUAUGAGAUCGGCGAAUUUUUUCCCAAUAAUAUAAUUUCUUCAAACAUUGGAUAUUGAAAGACAAUCAUCUAACAAACAAAAAUAUGCAAUAAAAUCAUAGGUCACUGGUAUUGAAAAAGAGUUAUCUGCCUUUUCUCAGCUGGGAGUUCCAGUUAUACUGUCUUGUCUAAAUGACAAUAGGGUGAAAUCGGCAUAUAUAAAGCUUACUGUCGGUUCCACGGAGGGGCCGCUAUUUGAAUUUGUAUUAUGUUAUGUAUAUUGUCUUUAUGUUGCUUGUUGGUGGUGUUACUUUUCUUUCUCUACCUCCCCGCUUUCUACCUUCACGUCUCCUUCUUUUUACUAUGAUUGAAGUUAGUUAUAUACCAUAUAAGGUCUGGAACAUCCAGCUGGUGAAUUUGUUACCUAUCAUCCCGGUAUCGUUGAUGCUUACACUGCUAUGGCUUGUGGUCUAGGGAGGCUGUUUUAAGAGUUCGGCUUUCUAAGUUAAAUAUUCAUCUUUGCUUUUUAUUCUUCCCCAAGAACCCCGCCACUUUCUCUACCCCAUCCCCAUUUUUGUAUCUUGCAAAUAACUGAAAUAUACUUGUUGUUGGAUUUUUAAAGCAACCGUCUUUCCACUACAGUUUCUACUUGUUUUGGGCCUGCCGUGCGACGUAUGGCUCUGGAUGUGUUUGUUAUGCUCAUUGCUUCCAGGAAAUCUACCCUUACCUUUUAAACUUUUUUAUGUACAUAUCACUGUUUAUUUGUACAUUUGUUGAAAUACGGAACACUUCGAAAAUUAUCUGAAAACGCACCUGCUUUUUAUUUGCAGUAUACAUGAAUUUAGCUUACUCGUCAAAUAUACAUUGUUUGUCAAAGAUAACAUUUACUCCAGAAGAGUGUCAGAAAAAUUGAAUAGUUAUGCGAAUAUUCAAUUACAUGUAAAUGUUACAAAUUUUGUUAUCAAAGACAGUGACCUAA